AUGAAGUCUAUAGUAGAGGCCAGUCCAGGAUCACAUGCCUUCGUCAUCGUGGUCAGACUGGGCAGAAUCUCUGACGCAGACAUCAAACUGUUUGACAGAGAUGCCCUUCAAUACUGCAUGGUGCUUUUCACUCAUGGAGACGAGCUAGGCGCUGAUGCUUCCAGAAACAGGAGGAUCGUGCUGCUCGGUCGACCUGGAGGAGGGAAGAGUUCUUCAGGAAACACCAUCCUGGGAUCUCAGAAGUUCACAUCAGGCUGCGGCUUUGAUCCAGUCAGUACAGAGACCGUCUCUGGGUCAGCCACAGUGGGGGGUCGUCAGGUCACAGUGGUGGACACUCCAGGAUUCACUGAUGAAGUUCUGUCCCCUGAACAGCUGUACCUGGAGCUCAUGAAGUCUAUAGUAGAGGCCAGUCCAGGACCACAUGCCUUCAUCAUCGUGGUCAGACUGGGCAGAAUCACAGCAGCAGACGUUAAACUGUUUGAGCUACUUCCUAAACUGUUUGACAGAGAUGCUCUUCAGUACUCCAUGGUGCUUUUCACUCAUGAAGACCAACUAGGCGGUCGGUCCAUUGAUCAGGAGAUCCAGUCCAACAUAGAUGUAAAAAAUCUGGUCUCCAUGUGUGGUGGUAGAUUCUGUGUGUUUAACAACAAAGGCAGCAGAAGCAGAGAGCAGGUUAGAAAGUUCCUGAACACAGUAGAUGAGAUGGUCACAGCUAAUGGUGGACAGCACUACACCAAUGACAUGUUCAGGAUGGCUGAGACCUUCUUUAAGGAACAGAGGAACCUGUUCCACUGUGUUGAGUAUCUUCUUCUUCGUUGGUGGAGGGCGGCUGAAACUGAGCGGAUCUUGUUGGAGCUGAUUGAUGUUGAACAGCAGUUACUUUUAAUGAAAUUACUGAACCCAGAGAAGGCGUCAGAGGAGACGGUCUGUACGACUCUUGAACCAGUUGAGGCAGAAGAAGAAAGACGAGCCGGGAAUGCGUAG